AUGGCAACCAUAGGGUCUGUCACACGACAAAUCGCCGCACUGGAACUAUCUAACAACAAACCUGGAAAGACGACCACUAAUGCGAGACCUCCAUUACAUUCGAAGCAGUCUAGCCAAACAAACGUAGCGAAACUCUUGACGAAGUAUGCUGCACCUAAUCCAGCACAUGCCCCUGAACCCAGCACGAAAUUGACGAAAGCAACGACCGGAACAGCGAUGCCUCCUCCAGCCACCAAGACGAAGACAACCGGGACGCUAACACACACAGGAAAUACUCCUGCACCGACUAUAUCCUUUGAUAUCGGAAACUAUGACGGCGGACUCGAACUCGAGAAUGAAAAGAGAGGGGAGAAGAUCUUUGGUGAGGCUGCUCAGGAAUUGGCGUUAGAUUCCAGUAGCGCUCAGACUCCUACUCGUGAAUGGUCUUUGCACAACUUCGACAUGGGCAGGCCGCUGGGUAAGGGAAAAUUCGGCCGGGUUUACAUGGUUCGAACGAAAGCGGAACCUAAAUACAUCCUUGCUCUCAAAACACUUUACAAAUCUGAAAUCGUCGCGGGGAAAGUAGAAAAACAGAUCCGCCGCGAGAUAGAGAUUCAGCAAAACCUUCGCCACCCGAAUGUCUUGCGGCUAUACGGAUACUUUCACGAUGAGAAGAGAAUCUUCUUAAUGCUCGAAUUCGCCGGAAAGGGUGAGCUCUACAAACAACUUUCCAAGUACGGUUGCUUUUCAGAGAAACGCGGCUCGAGGUAUAUCGACCAAAUGGCUGAUGCAUUGAGCUAUCUCCAUUCAAAGCAUGUCAUACACCGAGACAUUAAACCCGAGAAUCUUCUUCUUGGUCUAAACGGCGAAUUGAAGAUCGCGGACUUUGGUUGGAGCGUGCACGCUCCCGGGAAUAGGAGAAGGACAAUGUGCGGAACUUUGGAUUAUCUUCCUCCAGAGAUGGUCGAAGGUAAAGAGCACAGUGAGAAGGUGGAUUAUUGGGCACUAGGCGUAUUGACAUACGAAUUCUUGAUUGGAAAUCCGCCAUUUGAGGACCGAAAAAGCGUUAACAAUACAUAUCGAAGAAUUAUGAAGGUUGAUUUGCGAUUCCCUCCCGGAAUGUCUGCGGAGGUCAAAGAUCUUAUUACACGGCUUCUGCAACAUGAACCUCAAGAUCGUAUACCAUUGCUCGACGUACUGCGCCAUCCAUGGAUUGUUAAAUAUAGACCAAAGAACUGCAAUAGGGGAAGCGAAGUUUAUUGA